AAAGAAAGAGAGAGAAAGAAGCGGAGCGCGCGGGAGAAGAACAACCGUCGCCAGCCAAACGAACGGUCCAGAUCACUUCUAACGGUCCCGGACGAUCCUCGUUUCCUUGUUAAGAUCUCACGUGCUUUCUAGUCUUCAGCAACUUGCCAAAUUCUCGAUUUUGAGGGAAUCCCGAGCUCGCGUUCUGCUGUUGAGGGUCACAGGAGCUUGGGUGGUAUAUUCAUACUCCAGUUUAGAACUAGUGUUGCCACUUACUACUUGCUGCUCACAGCCGGCAACUUUCGACUUCUAAUGGGAUGGGCAAACAUUUACAGAAGGCGCUUGAAAGUAUUCACCGCCGCCUUGAUUAUUUACCUGGACUAUAAGGCUGUACAGAAAAGAGUGAAAUGGUUUAGCAAAAGCCAGGAGGACAUAACAUGGGAAAGAACCCACCAGAGAAAUGCCACACGUGUACUGAAUCUAAUAAUAGAGUUGGAAGGAUUGUGGGUAAAACUUGGCCAGUAUUUGUCUACUCGAGCUGAUGUGCUUCCUGAGGCAUAUAUAAUCCUCCUCAGGCAGUUGCAGGACUCUCUUCCUCCUCGUCCGUUGAACGAGGUUCAACAAACUAUAAAGAGAGAGUUGGGAAAAUCGAUCAGUGAUCUUUUCUUCGAAUUUGUUGAAACGCCUCUUGCAACAGCAUCUAUAGCACAGGUCCAUCGUGCAACCCUGAAGGAUGGACGGGAAGUUGUUGUUAAGGUUCAACACGAUGGUAUCAAAGAAGUCAUACUAGAGGAUUUGAAGAAUGCAAAAUCUAUAGUUGACUGGAUAGCAUGGGCAGAGCCUCAAUAUGACUUUAGCCCAAUGAUAGAUGAAUGGUGCAAAGAGUCACCCAAAGAACUUGAUUUUAAUCAUGAAGCAGAGAAUACAAGAAAGGUUUCCCAAAACCUCAGCUGCAAAAGUGUGCAUGAAAGCAAAAAUCAUUUAAAUAGUCUUGAUGUACUGAUUCCAGAAGUUAUCCAGUCAACAGAGAAAGUCCUCAUUUUGCAAUAUAUGGAUGGCAUUCGUUUAAAUGAUGCUGAAUCAUUAGAUGCAUACGGCAUUGACAAGCAAAAGGUUGUUGAAGAAAUAACACGCGCAUAUGCUCAUCAAAUAUAUGUUGAUGGAUUUUUCAAUGGUGAUCCUCAUCCUGGAAAUUUUCUUGUAAGCAAGGAACCCCCAUUUCGCCCGAUUUUACUGGACUUUGGGCUUACAAAGUCUAUAUCAAGCUCCAUGAAACAAGCUCUUGCAAAAAUGUUCCUGGCUUGUGCUGAGGGAAACCAUGUUGCUCUUUUGUCUGCCUUUGAAGAGAUGGGACUCAAGUUGCGCGUUGACAUGCCAGAGCAGGCUAUGGAUGUUACAGCUGUGUUCUUCCGCAACUCCACACCAGCAACUGAAGCGUUUGAAACUGUGAAAUCUUUGGCAGAUCAGAGGGAGAAGAGUUUGAAGGCCAUGCAAGAGAAGAUGAAUCUAAAUAAAAAAGAAGUUCGACGCUUUAAUCCUGUUGAUGCAUUCCCAGGUGAUGCUGUAAUAUUCAUGAGGGUACUAAAUCUCCUUCGAGGGCUUUCAUCUACGAUGAAUGUUCGAAUAGUUUACUUGGACAUCAUGAGGCCAUUUGCUGAGUCUGCUUUGCUAGGAAGCUUGAGGUCUGGACAAGAGGUGAAUUCACAGUGGAUUUAUGACACACCAGUUCACUCUGAUGUGGAGGCAAAGCUGAGGCAGCUGCUAGUUGAGAUUGGAAAUGUGAAAAUUCUUGGAAUACAGGUGUGUGCAUACAAAGAUGGAAAGGUCAUCAUAGAUACUUCUGCUGGUGUGCUAGGGAGAUAUGAUCCUCGGCCUGUUCAGUCUGAUACCUUAUUUCCAGUUUUUUCUGUAACUAAAGGGAUCACUGCAGGAAUGGUACAUUGGCUCGUUGAUAAGGGGAAACUCAAGUUUGAGGAAACUAUCGCUAAUGUUUGGCCCGAGUUUGGAACCAAUGGAAAAGAUUGUAUUAAGGUCCACCAUGUCCUCAAUCAUACAUCUGGUAUGCAAAAUGCAAUGGGUGAUGUUUUCAAGAGUAAUCCAUUGUUACUAUGCGACUGGGAAAAAGCUCUACAGCACAUUGCUAGUUUAACUCCCGAUACAGAACCUGGCUCCCAGCAAUUAUAUCAUUACUUAUCUUUUGGUUGGCUUUGCGGUGGAAUCAUAGAACAUGCAUCAGGAAAGAAAUUUCAAGAUGUGCUGGAAGAAGCUAUAGUUCACCCUCUCAACGUAGAUGGCGAGCUAUAUAUUGGCAUUCCUCCAGGUGUGGAAUCUCGACUGGCAACACUAACGAUCGACACUGACGAUCUCGAAAAGCUCAUGGAAAUGAACUCAAGGCCCGACUUACCCGACAGCCUCAAGCAAGGAAACAUAGUUCAAAUUGCCACAGGCCUCCCUGCCCUCUUUAACACCCUCAACAUUCGUCGUGCCAUAAUUCCCGCUGCCAACGGGCACUUAACUGCACGUGCGCUCGCCCGAUACUACGCCGCUCUCGCCAAGGGAGGAAUAAUUCCACCGCCGCACUCGAAUCUCUCAAAACCUCCUCUUGGCAGCAACCCCCACAUUCCUAAACUCCCUCCUCUCGUAACUGAGAAAAAAAGAAGAGGUAUCAAGGAUUUCUUUAAUUUAAAAAGUGAGAAUCGGGACUAUCGACUUAUUGAAGUCAAUAUCGAUGACAGCAAUGACGAUGCUGGUGGAAGUAAAAUGUUUAAUAACCCGAAGAUUCAUGAUGCAUUCAUGGGGCUUGGAGAUUAUAGUACUUUGGUGCUCCCGAGCGGUUAUUUUGGGUUAGGAUUUAGGAGAUUCAAAUCUGGGAAUGGUAGGAUUACGAGUUUUGGGCAUUCAGGUAUCGGUGGUUCGACUGGAUUUUGCGAUGUCGAGCAUGAUUUUUCGAUUGCGGUAACUGUGAAUAAGAUGUCUUUAGGGGGUGUGACGAGGAGAAUAGUUCAGUUGGUUUGCUCCGAGCUGAAUGUGCCUCUGCCUGACGAGUUCUCGGAGACAGGAAGAAGGGGUCCAGAUACGCAGAUCUAUAGGAGUAACUGAGUAGAGACUGAGAUAGGCCACAUGUGAUUUAUUUCAAUAACACUUAAAUUGUAUGUAACAAUGGACAGGCCAUCACUCAUCAGUAUGGUAGCAUGUUGCAUCUGAUCUCAGUAUCUCUCACGUGCAAUUUUCUUGUUGUAUAUUUUUUAUGGCAGCUGCUUUAAAACCGCAGACAUCUAUGUUUCUUUCUUUACUCUUUUUUUUCUCUGGAGAUGCAAGGUCAGGGUGCUGCCCAAACGCAGCCAUAGUUUUCACAAUGCUUGUGUCGACCAGCGGCUCUUGCUGCACUUUUGCGACGGUCCGAUUUGUCGGGACAAAACAUUGAAGCUUUAGUUUUUUCUUUUUCUUUUUUCUUUUUUCUUUUUUCUUUUUUGCAAAUAUUGUUCUGGGGGUACGUUAGCUUGUAUCUCCCUAGUAAUUGCAGAGGCCUUAUAAUUAUGCGCUAAGCGUAUAGAAGUUUGUUAA